CGGCAGCCGUACGUUGACGGUAAAGACAGACGUGUAUCUAACGGGUCACGUAGACGUCAAACAGGAAGCGUCCCACGGAACAACCUCAACGUCAACGCACCGUCGCUCGUUCGCAACGACGAUUUACUGAUGAAUUUAAAAGAUGUCCGGCGAAUUAACGUUAUACUUAGAAAAUCAUCAGCAAUAUCCUGUGAUGGAUGACGAGACGAGCGCCAUGUCCAUCGACCAUGGAGGAGAGUGGGAUAUCAGCCUGUUUGAUGAGCUGGACGACCUGGGAGAUGCGGACGAGCUCUUUCAGACCCUGCUCCACGCUGGCUGUGCCAGCGGGGGUCCAGACCUGGACUUUGAUAUCGACAUACCGCAAUGGAACGACGUGGACUCAAGCAGCACCUGCACGGAUGGUGAGGUGAGCCUGGACUCUCUGUCACCUGCCUACACUCUGAGCUCUGUCCCCUCUCCUGCCUCUUAUGAAGCCCUGUCCCCCUACUUCUAUAAGGACGAGGCCCUUUCUCCACAAUCGCAGCCGUCUCCUGUCUCAGUCUGCUCGGAUUCCAGUGGGCUGUCGGUAGUCUCUCCCCCAGCUAAGAAAGCUCCAAAGAGGACCAACCAGAACGCCCGAGCCAGACAGGCUCAGCCAAUCAAGAGACCGAUUCAGAUUGGCCCGAAGGUUUCCAUCCAACCAAAACCGCUGAUCACAGCGGUGCCCCUGGCUCAUGCUGCAGCCCCCCUGCAGGCGAAGACAAUCAUUCUCCAGCCCCUACAGACUGCUGUGCUGCCUGUGGUCAAACAGGCUCCAAUCAACAUCCAACCAGCGCCCCCACCAGGACGUCCCAUCGUGCUGUCCCAGCCCAGCCAGGUGCUACACAUCCAGGCUCCGCAGGCCGUCGCCGCCAACGUGGUCGCCGUGCCGAUGCUCGGCCAGGACCGGCCCGUCCCAGUCGCCGCUCCGCCGGCGGUCUCCGUCACGCUGCGAUCCCCGUCCUCGGAUGACGACUCGAAGGUGUCCCAGAGGCAGCAGCGCAUGAUAAAGAACCGCGAGUCGGCAUCCCUGUCUCGGAAAAAGAAGAAGGACUACCUGCUCUCGCUGGAGGCCCGCCUAAAUAUGGCCCUGUCUGAGAACGAGUCGCUCAAGAGUGAGAACGGCAACCUGAGGAAGCAGCUGGAGGGCAUGCUGAGCGAGAACACAAUGCUGAAGGUCACCGCCCCCAAGAGGAGAGCUGUGUGCCUCAUGGCAGUGGUGAUGUUCAUCAUGAUCAACGUUGGACCAAUGAGUCUGUUUCAGGGCGGCCCGGGCUCCAACCCGGGAGGAGUCCCCGCGCAGCAGGGCGGCCGACACCUGUUGGGUUUCUCCCCGGAGACGGAGAGUGCGGUCGCUGCGGGCCCCGAUCCCCUCCGCGGGGGCCCCUCCGCGGCGGCUGACAGCUCUGAGGAUAAAGCCCUGAUGGUGCUGAAGGACCCCGUGUUCCUCAGACCGCCUCCCCCCUGCCAGCCUCCCGUCAACAGGACAAAGUGCCUGGAGCUGGCCCAUGAGUUGAGGGGCUGGGUCCACCGUCAUGAGGUGCACCAGACCAAGUCCAGGCGCAUGAGUAACGGCAGUCACAAACCCACAAGGACCAUCCUGAAAGCAGAGAAAAGGGAAAGUGCCCAGAUUGUGACGGUCCAAUACACAGAAACUGCUGAGGAGAAGAGUCCCGGGAGUGAGCUGCAGGUGUACUACGCACCCCAUCACACCUACAGUGACUUCUUCGAUGAGAUCAAUCGCCGCGGCGACACGUUCUACGUAGUGUCUUUCCGCAGGGAUCAUCUUCUACUUCCUGCCACCAGCCACAACAAAGGAAGUCGACCCAAGAUGUCCUUGCUGUUGCCAGCCAUGAAUAUAAACGACAGCAUCAUCAGGGACAAAGACUACGAGGUGAUGAUGCAGAUCGACUGCGAGGUGACGGACACCCGGAUCAUCCACAUCAGGUCCUCCACCAUCCCGCCGCUGCUGCGGGUCAACCGCACGCAGACGGUCUACCAGCACUCCCCGACCGACAGCCAGGCUCCGCCCCCUGUCGGCGUGCUGAUGGGCUCUGCUUGAUUGGCUCAACACCACCUGUUGUUAUUUAUAACUCUUCAACUGAAUUCACAGUGACAAACAGAAGACAUCAGUGCACACUUUUUUUUUCUUUUUUUUUUUUUAGGCGCGCGUGAUGAAGUUUAUUUCAAAUUGGGUGAAUUCCCUCUUACUCGAUUUGUAUUUGAGUGACAAAUGUCAAAUCGUCAGCUCCGGUCGGCUGCGUUCUUUAGUCCGGAGGACGUCUGUGAGCGGGUCCCUGCAGACGGUUGCUCCUUGUGUGGCUGACACACGACCCCAGAUGCCCCACAUAAAGGGUAAUUGCUUAACGCCAGGGGGGGCUGAGCAUUGAACCCUGAGUCACCCCGUCAUUACACAAAUACUUUCGCCCCGUGGCAGCUCUCCUCAAGUCUGCUCUUUCUUUUUCGGGUUCGUAUUUUUCGGGACAGAAGGCUGCAAAGCCAGAGGAGAAAGUGGCCGAAGAUUGAUCUCACUGGGAAGGCCUUUGUGUUUGUAUCCGGGGCAACGGAAUGGAGCGUUGUAAUGGUCUCUCUUACUCAUUUUUGAAGUCUGUUGGCAUCUCUGAAUGAAAAUAAUUGCAAAAAAACAGCGAAACAGUGAGAGAUGCCAGAUUAAUCGGACGCAUCAGUUAGAGGCCUUCAGUAAAAUCAGGAAGUCAUGUGAUCUGUGAACGCUAGCAGGCUGCCACUAUGUUGUUGGCUGGUUUCCAUCAUUCAAAGGUUCAGGUGCACUGUUUUUUUCCCAGUUUUUUGGGAUUGUUGCACUGCAUUUCUCUAAUUUUAUGGAACAGAUUCAGAAACUGUAUAUAUUUAUUGAUAUUAUAAUGUUACAGUAAAGCCAACUUCUGCAGUGCGAUCCAAUUCAUCCUUUUUUUCCAAUUUAUUCCAUCAACAUUUAUUGACAUCUAUGAUUAUACUAGUGAGAACUUUUUAUAGUAGUUGCUUAAGAAAACAAUGACUGUAUUGUUUUAUAAAAUGUCAAACAGUGAUUUUUAUUUUCUUUAAAGUUUUAUCGAACUGCAUCAAUUUUGAAACCCAACGCUUUACAGUUGAGCUCAAAAAGGCGAUGACGUCUCCGUCCACAAGCUAAAAUGCACUUUUAUUUGGUGCACUUGAGCCUGUAUUGAAUUGAAACCCACUAGUUCUAGUAAAGAUGUGAACUAUAAAUGCAGCUUUACCUGCCUUUGCUUUUAGCAAAAUUGAUAUUAUAUAAAAAUGUAUACAUGAUAAAUACAUGUACUUUUUAUAUUUAUAACAUAAUCGUACAGAUGGUUAUGUUUAACAAAUGCCCUUUGUAUGUAGAAGAAAACACAAGUUGUGUGAUGUCAUUUCUUUUCACGUUCUGGUUUCAAAAGUGUAUUUGAUUCCACAAAUGAUUUCGAUGCACCCACUCAGUAAUUACUGAAGGGGGGGAAAAGUACAAUAAAAAAAAUGUGUUUUUUUUUGUAUGGUUUUAUGUGCAUAAACCAAAAUAAACACUGGAUUUCACUAUA